CAUUAUCGAUACGACAGGCUAGGCUCAGGCUGGAGGUGAUGUGGGUCACCCAUCCAACGUCGACUCUCACCCGCCGCCAACGAAUUGCUCGCCUUUCAUCCGCGCAACCGCCCGCCACUGACGAUAAUUAUCACGGUGCUACUUCACUUACGAGCUCGACAACAUGGUCAACCAACAGGCUGCUUCCUGGGCGCUGCAGCUCGAGUCCCCGCCCGCCGCUAAAUCGAAAAGUUCGGCCAUUCCCGACCCUCCAGGCUUCCACAGCAGCGUCGUUAGCAACAAGUCUGGCAAAGAUGCGAAAGUGCAGCCGCGACAAGCGAAAACGCCCGAAGAGAUGGACACGCUGAAGCUGAAGAAGGCCUGGGAGGUUGCGCUUGCACCAGUCAAGAGCUUGCCUAUGACGGCCAUCAUGAUGUACAUGUCCGGCAGCUCGCUGCAGAUCUUCAGUAUCAUGAUGGUGGUCAUGGCUUUCAAGAAUCCUUUGAUGGGCAUCGUCAAUACCCAACAGGCAUUUGAGCGCUUCGAGUCGCCGUCAGUCUCGGGACGCCUGCUGCAAGUCAAGCUCGUCUAUGUAGUUUGUCAGCUAGUGGCAUUGGCUGUGGGAAUUUGGAAGGUCAACCAGAUGGGGCUGCUACCAACCACGAGGUCAGACUGGUUGAUGUGGGAGGCCCAGCGACAGUCACUCGACAAUGCGGUGCCAGCAUUAUAGAUGAGCAGAUGCAAUAAAGUAAAGAUGCUUUCAGACAGACUGUCUACUUUUCUCGUGGCGAUGAUGCCGGCGCCUCCAUCUUCGCGAGCUUCUGUUUGCGCCAUUUGGGCCCAUGCUUUUCAACAAAGAGCAGACCCGGUAUGCAAAUUAAAACCAGACACG